AUGCGUCUGAAUCUAGCGCUUUUGGGUCUGAUCGCCUCGGCUGCCGCCCAAACCUAUACUGACUGCAAUCCAACACAACAAUCAUGUCCCGCCGAUCCUGCAUUUGGGCAGUCGGAUAAAACCUUCGAGUUCUCGAGUGCAUCGGAUGCCUUCAAGUCGACUGGAUCCGUGACAUAUGAUUCAACGAACGGCGCAACAUUCACCAUCUCGAAGCAGGGCGAUGGCCCCCUGAUCCAGUCGGGCUGGUACAUCAUGUUUGGCCGAGUGGAAUAUACUCUAAGGGCAGCACCAGGAACUGGAAUUGUUAGUAGCGCGGUGCUGCAGUCCGAUGAUCUCGACGAGCUGGACUGGGAGUGGUUGGGUGGAAGAAGCGACCAGGCCCAGAGCAACUACUUUGGAAAGGGUGAUACGAGCACAAAUAACCGUGGCGCUUUCCACGACAAUCCUGGGAACCAGGAUACCUUCCACACUUACUCGAUUGAUUGGACGAGCACCCAAAUCGUGUGGGCCAUCAACGGAGAAACUGUUCGUGUGCUUACCCCGGAAUCCGCCAAUGCCGGUCAAUAUCCGCAGACCCCCAUGAUGAUCAAGGUGGGAGUGUGGGCCGGUGGAGACUCCAACAAUGCUCAAGGCACUAUUGACUGGGCUGGUGGUACCACAGAUUACAGCCAAGGACCAUUCAAAAUGUACUUGAAGUCGUUGACUGUGACUGACUACUCAACUGGAACCGCAUACAAAUACGGCGACACUAGCGGCACAUGGGAAUCCAUUACUGCUGAGGGAGGCAAGGUCAAUGGAAACAGCGGUGCCGAGCCCACCUCGACCGAGUCUGCCCCCGCAAUUACCUCGACCGCCGACAAUGCCCCAGUGCCUUGGAGCGGCACCCACAGAGAGACCUCAAGCUGGGUCACUCCCAACGUCUGGCCUUGGGUGGCUUCUGGCUCCCCUACGGCUGGGGCUACUAGCUAUGACUGGGAGUCUAGCUCUGGUCACAACAAGCCCCCUAGCGGAGCAUCAGCGAUCUACCUUCCGCUCUACAUCAGUAGUUUCGCCUUCAUGUUCGGCUGUCUUUUCCCGAUGUGGCGAUAA